CCCCUCUUCCCUCGUUACCUCCUUCUGUGGUCGAAGGCAGGAAAAAUGGUGAACGUUCCUAAGACCAAGCGGGCCUUCUGCAAGGGGUGCAAGAAGCACAUGAUGAUGAAGGUCACCCAGUACAAGACUGGCAAGGCCUCCCUGUACGCGCAGGGCAAGCGGCGCUACGACCGCAAGCAGUCCGGUUAUGGUGGCCAGACUAAGCCCGUCUUCCACAAGAAGGCCAAGACCACGAAGAAGAUCGUGCUGAGGAUGCAGUGCCAAGAGUGCAAGCAGACCUGCAUGAAGGGCCUGAAGCGCUGCAAGCACUUCGAGAUUGGCGGUGACAAGAAGAAGGGCAACUAAAUGCAACGCUGCUUUGGGGACGUGUAACGGGAAAUGCGCAAUCC